AGAGGAAGAAGAAGAGGAAGAAGAAGAGGAAGAAGAAGAGGAAGAAGAAGAGGAAGAAGGAGAAGAGGAAGAAGAAGAAGAGGAAGCCGAGGAUAUGUACGAGGAUGAAUACGACGAUGGUGCUGAUUCUGAGAUCAUAUCAGAUCAAAUGAGCGUUGAUACGCCCACCCAGCCGCCUGCCACCAAGAAAAUACAUCCGGAGGUCAUCGUACUAGACAGUGACAGUGAAGAUGAAGUUGCGACUGCUUCUCGGGCUUACCCAAUGACCUCAUCAAGAAAAGAAGCCAGCACACAGGAGAUCGAGUCAUCCGAACCUGAAGCAUCUGCUUCCGAAGAGGGUUGCCUAAGGUCCAGACGUUCGCACAACUCAGAAAGCUCAGAGGAUGAAGAGGGCGAAGAUUGGUCCGACGGAAAUUCGGAAAGUGAGCAGCUGAUGGAUAAGAAUGAAGAGAUGGUGGUGGAUGAGUGUGAGCAAGCGAAUGGUGAACAGCAAGGAGCUGGGCAUGCUGUAUACGAGGUAUCUGACAGCGGAAGGACGAGGGACGAGAAGGUGGAUGAGGAAUACCAAGCGGAAAACAAAGCAAUUGAAGAACCUGAGCUCAAAAGGGGGCAGGUGUCAGUAUCACAGCCCACGGAUAUUGGGGGUGCGAGCCCCGAUACUCAUGAGCAACCAUCGCCUCAGCAUCAUCAAGAGGAACAUACAAUCGAGACACCAUCUCAUGUUUCCGACUCGGGGAAUCUUGAUCAUCACUCAUUUAUCAUGUCAUUCGUUCAAGAACCUCAUCACGACUCGAGAAAUGCUUCACACGAGCUGGAAACAGUGAUCGAUCCGGAGUUGCAAAACACUGGGCUUGGUAAAGAACAAGUAAAGAAAGAGGCGAAAGAAGAGCCUCAUUCAGAUUCUGUUCAUGCUGAGCCUAGGACUGGGGUUUUCGCAAAGAUAUCUGAGGCGGCCCAAAAUACUGCCCAAAGCUCGUUUCUUGACGGUACUUCAUUUUCACAAGCAUUGCACGAUUCCCAUGAGGCAGUUUCGGAGAGGCCUCCGCAAUUGCAGCAUUUGGUACCAAUGGAUACUCAACUGGUAGAACCUGGUCCACCUUCUAUGGAUUUCACUGCAAUUGGGAUACUUCCUACAUCUGAACAUACACAGGGAAGUAUGACCGCGCAAGUCCAAGGCCAAAUGCCACCCGCCAUUCAAACUACAACAUCUGCGCCAGCGGAACGACAUGGCAAUCUCGCGGAAGAUGUUGAAAACGAAGCACGUCUUGUCUCUACCCCGCAGGAGGGACAGGAUGAACUCGAAGACUUUUCCGGGAAUGGGGAUGUGGGAACACCAGCAUCUUUCAGUGGAGGCCAUGGCCAAGAAGAUGAGCUUUAUUCAGAUGAUGAAUCCGUUGGAGAUCCAGAUGAGGUCCAACUCAUUGGAGUAGACCGCCAUUAUCCCGGCCUGCACAGCAGGCUUUCCUAUUUUGCUCCGUUAGCAACGCUUGUCGACCACUAUAAUGCAUUAGUAGAUACCAUCUCCGUUGUGUCGGAAGUCCAGCCCGUGUUUCGGGCUGCAUCAGGAAAGAAGGAUUUUAUCCUAACCCUUCAACUUACUGAUCAAUCUAUGGCUGGAGCCACGCUCUAUGCCCAAAUUUCCCGGCCUUCCAAAGUAGCACUUCCCUUAGUGGAAGAGGGGAACGUUGUCUUGUUACGCAACUUCAGAGUCAAGAGAUUCAGCCGCUCGAUAAUAAUUGCCAGCGUUGAUACUAGUGCUUGGGCUGUUCUCAAGGGCUUGGAUGAUAAAGCACUGGCUCAUGAUCCUCCAGUUGAAUACGGGAGCGAAGAGCAGGCCUGUGCCACUGAUCUGCGCCAAUGGUACCAAGAAGCUGGCAUGGCCAUGGUGGCAGAUAACCAACUACAAGCCUCUAUUAACAGGGAAAGUAGAGAAGGGACACCCACUAGCAGCGCUGCACUUAGCGAUUCAGGGAGCAUCGACUCGACACCGCGCGACAUGCGCGGUGAAUCAUCUUUCUCGAGCCGGGGUUCACGGCGGGGCAAAAGGUCUCAUCGGAGAAUAACCAUCCAUGAGUUAAGGGAUGGAAGGAGAUACACUGAGGUUGGCUCGCCGUCUGGAAAAGAGAGUAUACAUGAACUGCGAGACGGAACCGUCUAUGCCAAUUUGUGAGGAAGACUUGUGUAUCGUAUUGGACACAUCUUUUCACGCUCGACCGGUUGUUGAGCCUUACUUUUAAAUUUUUGUAUAUAAACCUUCAUGAUGAGUUUACCGGUCUAGGUUUUGCUUGGACUGAGA